AUGACGCGGGACUGCCGCGACGACUUUCCAAGGGAAACAAGGAGGCCUUUUUCUGGUCGGUCAACUUGCUCUACUUGUUCGUCAGAUUCUCUUCCUGUCUCUUCGUCGUCCCCCUCGUCCUCUGCUCCCCGUUCGCCUUUCUCUUCUUGCCAGUCUGCGUGCCUUCAUAACCGUGGAGUUGUCAGUGGCGCCACCGAAAAAAUCGGCCGAAAACACAUUUCCCGUGUCCUUUUCCCUCUCAUUGUAUUAUACGUGGUGUACGUGCACCUCAGCCCCGUUCCCGUCGCAGACAACAAAAAGGACAGAGGAGGGACAGACGAAAACCCCCCUGGUUUCUACGGGCGUCGGAACAGCAGACUGUCCAAUCGUUUUGCCGAACGCACACAGUUCGAACUGCAAAACGACAAUUCCAAUACGCAGCGAAAAAUCCGCCGUCAGGCUGAAACGAAAAAUGUCCCUUUGGUCCACUGGAAAGGUCACUCCAGCUGUACAGACACCUUAGAGUGGGGUGGCCGCGGGUACCUGCCGAAUUUCCUCUUUGCAGCUGCCAGCCCGCACAGUUCGUUUGUCGGAACAGGAGUUUCCCCUUUUUCUCCCACAAGGUCAACGCACAUUCGUACAAAACCUCCGUGGCCAGUCCACGCGAGAAGCAUGCAGGUGAAGAGGCGUCCUCACCUACUCGCUACGCUCCCUGUCUUGUCUCUCUUUCCCCCGUCACCAACUUCUUGUCGGUCGCCGUGCAGUGCACGCCACCUCGAUGGCAACAAGGCAAGCACGAACCUCCCCCCUUCGGGUUCAGCCUCCGUCGCUCAAAACGUAGCUUCAACUAGAAAGAGUUCUGCCCGAUCGCCACGCUCGUCCUCUUCAUCUUCGUUUCUUCUGUGUUCGCCUUCCUCCACCACUUGCUCCUUUUUCUCUGAAUCUCUCGGUCCUUCUUCCCGUUCAUCAAAGUGUUCUUCGGCUCCUUUGGAACGUUCCUCGUCUUGUUCGCGCUCUUCCUCUCCGAGUGCAUGUGUAGAAGAAACGGCGCAGAAGCCUCCGCUGCGGGUCAUUUUGAGAACAGCCACGGGAUGUCCAGAGCUGGACUUCUCGCUUCAUUUUGACCUUCCGUUUGACGCGACAGUUGAUGACCUCCGUCGCGCGCUGCAGCUCAGAUUACGUGAAGAAGAGAACCGAUUAAUCGCGACUCUGGCUAACCUCGAUCGCGUCCAACUCAGCGAGAGUGCCGAAAGUGGAAGCGAGAGACACGAGUUGAUCGGCACUUCGCGAAAUCCGCAAGAGAGUCACAGGCGCUCUUCCCCUUUGUGGUCGGCUCCUUCGUCUGCUUCUUCGUCUGUUUCCCCCCUCUCAGGUUCCUGCGGUCCGCCUCUCUCUCUCCUGCGUUUGCUGUAUGGGGGUGCCUGCGUGGAAGAUCCGACGGUGCGACUGUCGUCUUUACUGCCGACCAGUAGGAGCGAAGAAAGCAUCCGGCUGGGAGCGAGGGAAACGGAGGAAGCGCCGCAGCCUCUGGUGUUUCUUCUUGACCUCCCAGUCCCUCCUUUGGUGUUGCCCACAGACGCGACUUCUUCACAGAACGGGACACCUGUUGCUGUGGAGUCAUCUGGAUCAUCUUGUGUCGCCUCGCCUUCUCUCGCAUCGUCCUCUCUUUCUUCGCGCGAGGACCUCGCAGCCGCCCAGACAGGCGCGGUUCGUGAGAUCGUCGAUGUGGUUCUUCGGCUUCAGGAAGCACGUCUUUCUCUGGCAAAGAAGGUGCCAGGAUCGACAUCUCUUCCACGGUCCAGCGGUUCCUCUCCUGCCGCCGCCCUCUCUGAGGCGCUGUGGGGCGAACCCGGGCUCCCUCUGCAGAGCAGCGAAAACGUCCAAAGGCGAAUUGCAGAACUCAAACGGGCUGCCGCCUCGCGACGUCUUUCCCUCGAAACUGCAAGUCUCUCUUCGCUUUCGCCGUCUCCUCUUGCUUCUCCACCAUGCGCUCCUGCUGCUUCGUCUUCGUCUUCUUCGUCAUCCACUUGUGCAUGCCCUGCGAAACUGAUUGAGUUCCCUCGCUUGGCGCCGACGCUAGGACAGCGGUUAAAACAAGUGGGGCGUCUCACAUUCGACGUGGACUGGCCAUGGAUAGGCCGUGUGACGUGCGUCUCCUUCGUCCUGCAGUUCCUCCUAGGCAGCUUUGCGUCUGCGCGUUUCCGAGGCGGUCCUCUGGAAGGCCAUGUCGGAGCCGCAGGGGUCGGCGACGACAUCAGCGGGCGGUCUGACGCACCGGAAAAAAAGGGGAGUGCGACGGUUGCCGGAGGCGGAGGGGAAAAAGAGACAAGUAGCCACGUGAGGUGGGGAGGUUGGACCAGAGCCUGGGUGCAGUCUUUGGAAGAAAACGUUUUCAACAGAGACUCCACUUAUUGGCGAAGGCGAAUUCUACUCGGCGCAGCACCGGCUCUUAUCCUCUAUGGAUGGAGGCCUGUGCGGUUCUUCCGAAAGCUCGUGUGGCACGCGCUGCCCCGAGGCCGAUGGUGGACUGCGCUUAGUCCGCUUCUCACAGCCUCCCAGACCGCGAUGCUGGUCGUGAAUGAGGAGAAAGUUGUUCAAAUGCUGGCGGUUGAACAUGGAUCAGAACCCAACUUCGACUGCGCCGCUUCCGAUUAUGACACUUCUUCCGCCGGAAUGUCGAAGAAAAAAGUGUAA